AUGGCGUCCGCGGAUGCGGCCAAAAAGGCCUUCUUUGAGGGCUUGGAGCGGCUGGAUUCUUUGUCCGAGGACGAGGAGGAUCGAAUGACUCUGAAAUAUCAUUCAAAGAUCAAGAAAGGAAAACGACAAUGCUCGUCCAGGACCGUUCCGGAAGAGCAGCAGAUCUUCAAAGGCCUUGUCUUCUUCUUCUUUCCGAACAACAGUGCCUCAGCCCUUCGACGCCUGCGUAUCCAGCGAGCGCAGGAUUACGGUGCCUCUGCUGCAGUAGCCUGGGGUGACCAUGUCACUCAUGUUAUAGUGGAUAGGGGGCUCACCUUUCACGACGUCAUAAAGCAUAUACAUGUCGAAUCUCUUCCAUCCACAGUCGCGCUCGUCGACGAAAGCUACCCUUCUGAGUGCGUCAAGUUUCGCACGGUAUUGAACACAGCCCAGGUUCGGUUCCGCGUCAGCGGUACACCUGUCCCUGCAGCAGAGAAAGGCUCUUCGCCUGUGAUCGAACCUUCUGAUGGUGAAUCCUUGUCCAUCAAACCGAGCCGGCGAGAGCAGCAGCAGCAACACGAAACACAAUCGCAUACCGAGCUGCACAAGCGGGAUGCCUUGGAUGAUCUCAUCGAAGAAGCAAAGGCUGUAAAAGAUCUGCCGUUAGACUCUGAGGAUGAGCAAAGUGCGGCUGAAACAUCUGAUCCCGAGGCGUCUGACUCGAGCGAAUCACAGCCGAAGAAGAGGAAGAUGAGCGCACGUAGGAGUGAGGCGCAAUCUGACUGGCAGCAGAAUUUUGUAUGCAUGCAGAAGCAUGAUUCAAAGGCCAAUGCUGAAAAUGCAAACAAUCGGACCAUUGCCGUCCUACAGCAAAUGCUGGACUACUAUGAUCGAUCAGGUGACCAAUGGCGCACGCUCGCCUAUCGCAAGGCGAUCAGUGCCCUUCGGAAACAACCGAAGAAAAUUGCCACUAGAUCCCAGGCUUUGUCACUGCCAGGGAUUGGCACACGUCUGGCAGACAAGAUCGAAGAGAUUGUGUUCACAAAUCGCCUGCGUCGGUUGGAAAACGCCAACAGCACUCCUGAAGAUCGGAUCCUCCAGGAGUUUCUAGCCGUCUAUGGGGCUGGCGUCUCCCAAGCCUCGAGAUGGCUUGCUCAAGGCUACCGGUCGCUGGAAGACCUAAAAACCAAAGCGCCCCUUACGCAGAAUCAACGGGUGGGCGUGGAGCAUUAUCAUGACUUCGCCCAGCGUAUUCCACGGAACGAGGUUGAAGUGCAUGGGGAGAUCGUGCGGGAGGCAGUGCGAAAGGCUGAUCCAGAGAUGCAGGUCAUUAUUGGGGGUUCCUACCGACGUGGUGCGUCCACUUCAGGCGACAUCGACCUGAUCAUCACCAAGCCCUCCGCUACGAUAGAGCAGAUUCGGACCAUCAUGAUUGAAACCGUCGUCCCGGGACUCUUCCAGGCAGGCUUCCUACAGACCAGCCUGGCUGCCACCUCCCGCGGCGAUGGAUCCAAAUGGCACGGGGCCUCGAAGCUUCCUAACGAUCGGCUCUGGCGACGGAUCGACCUGCUUUUCGUGCCCGGAUCUGAGAUCGGGGCAGCUUUGAUUUACUUCACUGGCAACGACAUCUUCAACAGGAGCAUGAGACUCCUGGCCAGCAAGAAGGGCAUGCGGUUGAACCAACGAGGGCUUUACGCCGACGUGCUACGCGGACCUCAGCGAGUCAAAUUGACCACAGGCCGGCUGGUCGAAGGACGCGAUGAGCGGCGAAUCUUCGAGAUUUUGGGAGUCCCUUGGCGGCCUCCCGAGCAUCGCAUCUGCUGA